AUGACAGGGUCUACGAUGGUUCGUAUCGGCGAACAUUGUCUCUUUGCCUCGGUCAGCGGUCCUCCCUGCACACCGUCGGAUCCACUAGUGGUUAUUCUCACCGGCGCCGGCGAUGUCGCAUCAUCAUACACAGCCCUGGCCCCUCUUGUAGCCCAAUUUGCUCGUAUACUCGUAUACGACCGUUCGGGUCUCGGGCGUAGCGAGCCCGGCCCCAAAGGAUCAGCCGUCACGGCAGCGGAAGAACUACACAAAUUGCUCCACAAAAUGCAACUAUCCCCACCUUUAAUACUAGCAGCCCACUCCUAUGGCGGGAUUGUGGCCCGAGAAUAUCUCCACUUAUACCCCAGCGACGUGGCUGGGCUAGUUCUAGCCGACAGUUCCACAGAGCGACAAGGCGACUAUUUUCGGAUCCCAGAUCCUAGCAUCAGCGCCGUACAAGGCGAUCUCAAAUUCGCCCAGGUAACAGGGCUUCGUGCGGACACCGUCCUAUCUCGAGAUGAGUGGCGGACGCGUGCAAUUGAUAUUGCCCGCGGAGCUGAGGCGGCACAGGCGGAGGCAAAUUCCCUCGUGGCAGUCUGUCAUACGUUGGCGGAGAAAAAGCAGUUAGACAAUCAGGCGAUGGGCUCGAGACCCGUUAGUGUGAUUCGCUGUAAUGGUGCCAGGGACUAUGAGCGUAUCUACCAACGAGGCGUGGAAAUGGGCUAUGGGUCUUUACAGCAGCAGAAGGAAUUUAGGGACCUGCUUGAUCGUUGGCCAGGUAUUGAUCGAGAUCUACAAGAGGAGCAGCUGAGGCUUUCCUCCACUACCCGCCUUGUGCAUUUAUCGGAGUGUGGACACAAUGUCCACCUAUUGCAGCCAGAUAUGGUGGCGGCAGAAAUCCAUUGGGUGAUAGAGCAGCUGGGGCUUGUGCAGGAGCUGUGA